GCGGGCCGUUCCCGCGUCGGCUGCCCGCGCCGCCAGUGGCGUCACCGCCAAGGGCUUGCGGGAGGAGGAGGAGGAGGAAGAUAGAAGAAGAAGGCCGGGCCCGAGCCGCACAGCGCCCGCCCGAGCGACCCUCCCCCGGCCCCAUCCCCCGGUCCCAUCCCCCGGUCCCAUCCCGCAUCUCCCCCGCGCGCGAAGAUGGCCACCGAGGGGCUGCACGAAGGCGAGACCCUGGCGUCGCUGAAGAGCGAGGCGGACAGCCUCAAGGGCAAACUGGAGGAGGAACGGGCCAAGCUGCACGACGUGGAGCUUCAUCAGGUAGCUGAGAGAGUGGAAGCUCUGGGCCAGUUCGUGAUGAAGACGAGAAGGACGCUCAAAGGCCACGGCAACAAAGUCCUGUGCAUGGACUGGUGCAAGGAUAAGAGGAGAAUUGUGAGCUCUUCCCAGGACGGGAAGGUGAUUGUGUGGGACUCCUUCACAACUAACAAGGAACACGCGGUCACGAUGCCCUGCACCUGGGUGAUGGCCUGUGCAUAUGCCCCAUCUGGAUGUGCCAUUGCUUGUGGUGGCUUGGACAAUAAGUGUUCGGUGUACCCCCUUACGUUUGACAAAAAUGAAAAUAUGGCUGCUAAAAAGAAGUCAGUCGCCAUGCACACCAACUACCUGUCAGCGUGUAGUUUCACAAACUCGGACAUGCAGAUCCUGACGGCCAGUGGGGACGGGACCUGUGCUCUGUGGGAUGUGGAGAGCGGGCAGCUGUUGCAGAGUUUCCACGGACAUGGGGCAGACGUUCUGUGCCUGGACUUAGCACCUUCAGAGACUGGAAACACCUUUGUAUCAGGGGGGUGUGACAAGAAAGCCAUGGUUUGGGAUAUGCGGUCCGGACAGUGCAUCCAGUCAUUCGAAACCCACGAGUCCGACAUCAACAGUGUCAGAUACUACCCAAGCGGAGACGCCUUCGCUUCCGGCUCAGAUGACGCCACGUGUCGCCUUUACGAUCUGCGGGCCGACCGGGAAGUCGCCAUCUACUCCAAGGAGAGCAUCAUAUUUGGAGCCUCCAGUGUGGAUUUCUCCCUCAGUGGUCGUUUGCUCUUCUCUGGCUACAACGAUUACACUAUCAAUGUGUGGGAUGUUCUGAAAGGGGCUCGGGUUUCCAUUCUGUUUGGACACGAGAAUCGCGUGAGCACCUUACGGGUUUCACCCGACGGGACGGCUUUCUGCUCGGGAUCCUGGGACCACACUCUCAGAAUCUGGGCAUAAUCUGCUAUGUCCCCGCUAGAUGCAAGUUAAUAGUGGAAUCUUGGACUACACCAUGGAAUAUCUGAAUCUGGAAAUGGGAUCUGACUUUAAAGAGAAUUUAAAGAGGUUUUAUUGUUUCAGCCUAUUGAAAAAACUUGAGAGCUGAAAGUUCAUUCACUUUCUUAGUAUGCUAUCAAAUGUUGUGAUGGAAAAUGCAACCGCUAGCGAGACCAUAUUAUAAGCAUUUAAUUCACAGCGAACAUCACCCUCUAGGAAAAUGUUUUUAAUCUUAAUUUUAAGAUCACUUUUAUUAGAAGUGCUUUAGAUAAUUAUGAAAUUAGGGUUUUCUCUGAAGUCACCUAUCCAACAGAAUGCAUUCUUACCAGGCACUCUGCACUAUAUUGUUUGCAUGAGUCAAAUUCUUUCCUAAGGUAGAGUAAACUGUUCACCCGAGGCAGCCUGAUUUCUGGAAAGUUCCUCUUUCAACGAUGAAUUUUGAUGUAGCGUGUUAGAAGCCUGAUUUGGGGGAAGGUCCUGGCCAAAAACAACUCCACCCUGACCGUUCACUAUCCAGUUAGAGAAAAAGGUCCAGCACUAAGACAAUAUGUUGCUAUUAAACCCUGUUUUCCCUGGCUUUUUGCAAUCACUGAAUGUAAAUAAGACAGCUGCAGGUCAAGGAGGCUGGGAAUGGACUGCUCUGUGGUGAGGUAAUAUCUCUACUUGGUGGGAAUUUUUUGUCCUUUGGCUUGGCAAGUCCAACUCCUUUCAUUUGAGGAAAUACUUCCUGCUGAGCACAGGUGUGUUUGUGGUGCAAAUUCCACCCCCCCACACACACGCUCCCGCCCACAAACAAUCAACAGUUUUCUCUGAAGAGAAUCAGGACAGAGGACUUAAUAAUAAUAAUAAUAAUGGUGGUAUUUGUUAAGCGCUUACUAUGUGCAAAGCACUGCUCUAAGCGCUGGGGGGAUACAAGCUGAACAGGCUGUCCCACCUGGGGCUCACAGUCUUCAUCCCCAUUUUACAGAUGAGGUAACUGAAGCCCCAGAGAAGUGAAGUGACUUGCCCACAGGAGAAGCUGGUAGGACGUUCAUGUUUGGGUGGACAUUACUGAGUGAACAAAAUGCUUUUUGCCCCGAUGAAUCAGCCUGUUAUAUUAAAAUAUGUACUGAGCUGGAAGUGUGAUAAAAAUCAAACACAUGAAUUUU